AUGUACCACCUCUUCAAGUCCAUAUACCUGCAUGCGACGAGCAAAGAAGAAUACUCGGUCCUGCUCCUCGGCCUUGACAAUGCCGGCAAAACAACUCUUCUCGAGCAAAUAAAAGGCACAUAUACCUCGUCCAACGCCAACCUCCGCACCGUGCCUACUGUGGGCCAAAACGUCGCUACCAUUGCCCUUCCACCGCCAAACCCGCCCAUCUACCUCAAGAUAUGGGACGUAGGCGGCCAGCAUAGCCUCCGCGGCUUAUGGCAAUCUUACUACAGCAGUUGCCACGCCAUUGUUUUUGUUAUCGACAGCAGUGAUGUGGGAAAUGCGACGCUAGCGGAUCUGAGCGCAAGCAAUGCGGCGAGCAAUGAGGAUAUAGGCAGGCUGGAUGAGUGUAAGCUUGUGCUCGAGAGCGUGUUGGCGAAUGAAGAGGCGAGUGGUGUGCCCAUACUUAUUCUGGCGAAUAAGCAAGACAGAGAGGAUUGUGUCGAGGUGGUGAGGAUCAAGGAAGGGUUUGUGCGGAGAGUGUUUGAGGGCGAGAAGGGAGGCAAUAUGAGGGAUAGCAGAGUGCUGCCCUGCAGUGCGCUUACGGGUACGGGUGUGCAAGAGGCGGUUGAGUGGUUAUGCAGCAGGAUGGCUUUCAAUAAAGAGGCUAGGCCGCCGGUUAUGCGGUAG